AUGGACGCGGAUCGAGAGCUCUUCAUCCAGCAACUUGUAAUAGCACUUCAGGAAAACACGGCACUAGCUAGCGGUGUUCCAUCUCUUGCAUCAUCUUUGCAGUCAUCUACGGAAGCUAAUGAUGCUGGUUCGAGCUCUGACAGUGCAGAAGAAGAUGAGAAAUCGCCUCAGGAACAUACUGGACUCUUCCUCUCUAAUGCUUUCUUAACUCCUUGCGAGGAUAAUGAACGCCUCGCAAAAGAUGCGUAUACGCAAAUGCAAUUCGACUAUCCACGGGUACAAGACGCUUCGAUUGAAGCUUUGGCGGAGCUUUAUCGACGCAUAUCAACAGAGAAAUCAAUGUGGCAAAUAGCUGCCGAGGUCCCUAUUACAGCCACGUUAUUGGACGGUGUGGCUUUCCUAAACAACCAGAGAUCAUUUUCUAGUAAUAAUGGGACACAGAAGUCGCAAAGCUCAGAGGCUAGUGGACUAUUGGCAGCGUCGUUAUUGUUACUUGUCGUUCGGACGUGUUUAGAGACACCAGAGGAUGCACGAAUGGAUGCGCUACUGUCAUCGUUGGAGGUGAACCAAUUGGAAAAGCCAAAAAUAUCUGGUAUUGAAUCAAUGGAGACAAUAAUGAAGAAAGACGAGGACGAGUUUGUAGAGAAGUUUGCAGUUCAGGAAGAUCCAGACGAUCUUAGUGAGGUCUAUGAGGGACAUUUGCCAGACCCUCGGAGUUAUUGCAUCUCUACGUGGAACCAACGGACACGAGCUAUCUCAACAGCUAUGAAGGUUGAAAAGCUGCAAUACUUGGCCUCACAUACGUUCUCGUCAUCUUUUGAAAGUGUGUCGAUGGAAAAGUGGGAGCAAUGGCGCCUAGAUGACAACCUUAUUGCAAUCAUGAAGCUGCUUGUAGACCAGGAAAUUUUCCCAGAGGCUAAAAACAAAAAGCACACAGCUGCACAGACUACGAUAUACGGCCCACGAGGCGAGUGGACUAGAUAUUUGUACAUUCUGCGAGAUCGUGUUUUGCGUUUUCCUGGCGCAAGUCAAAAUGCUUUAUGGCGGCUGAAGGAGCUGAUAGAAUUCCUACAGAGACAUCAAUCAGUUGCAAGUGCUGUGAAUACCUCGCACCAUCUAGUUUAUCGUGUGUUGGCUGAGCUGGCAAUGUCACGAGAGUUCCAGCAGGGUGCUGCCCAGCGUGCUCAACAAAGUAUGGCAUUGGUCGUCCAAAAAUUGGUCCCACUCAUCGCGCAGGAUAUUCAUCAGCUCGUAACAGCACUAAAGUGUGCCUUUACGCAUCAGAGAAAGAUCGUGUCAGAGCCCAAACACGAUUCUGUGGAAGUUAGUGCGGGGGACGAUGGGGAUGACAAGCUGAUAGUGGUGGUUCUACAGUUGCUUCACUUCGUGCUAUUUGCAUCGUCCAAUGCAUGUACAACCACUGAUAAACUUCAUGAGAGUGGCAUGCUGCGAACACUGCUCAUGCUUUUGCCGCCAACAAGCGAUUCAAACAAUGAAAAACACGCGCAAUUUCAGGAAAAACGCUGGUUUCCAUCCCUUCUCCGUCUUCUUGGUGAAUGUGCGUUGUGGCAUGCUGGUUUUUCUGCGUACAUCGCGCGUGUUCCAAAGUUUGCUGCGAUGUUUUCGGUAUUGCAAGAGCAGCUCGUGGUCGAACAGCUCCUUCUUGCACUUGCGUUUCAUCAGCAUGAAGUUCAGAUUCAAUCCACUCCAACACCUUUAAAGAUUGAGAUCUGGAAGGUAUUUACAUCGGAGUCACUUUUUCCACUGCAAUGCGAGUCAUAUCUCGAUGCGAUGAAAAAGCUGCAGGAUACUGCGUACAUUCUGGAAUGUCUGGAAAAAGCGUUUGCGUCCUUAAGACCCGCAAUGCAAAAGGAGUUGCAAUGCAGUCUCCAACAAGUCUACCCUAGUUUUGGGAGGUCGUUCGAGUACCCGAUGUUUACUGUCGCUGGCACUGCUCGUCAGCAGCAGCAAUUCGAUUUACAAUCACCGGAUGAUGAUGCACAUGAUAGUGACGGUGAAAACAAGGAAAAGAAGGAGAAAGACCGCGAUCAGGUAGAAGCUUUGCAAUUUACAGCACUCCGAAACAAGCUUCGACAAAGUGUAAAGUCAGUGUUGACUGCGCUUCCUUCUGAUUCUGCUAUGGCUCAUAUUGGAGGUCGCGUAUCAUCCAAAUUAGACUGA